AUGUUGGUGGCUGACUGGCUGGAAAGCAGCUUUGGAGGGAAGGAUCUGGUCAUCCUGGUAGACAUGAAGUUGGACAAGAGCCAACAAUGUACCUUUGCAGCAAAGACAGCCAUGGGCAGAGUGUUGCCAGCAGGUUCAGGGGAGAAAGUGGAAAAAUAUUAUGCUUUUGAGAUCCCGGAUGUUCCAGCAAAAUCUGAAUACUUAGAAAUUAAAUAUUCGGCUGAAUGUCCUCGGCUUCCCCAAGAUCUGAAAGGACAAACAUUUUCACAUGUAUUUGGAGCUAACACCUCUAGCCUGGAACUUCUCUUGAUGAGUCGGAAGAUCAAAGGACCAUGCUGGCUGGAAAUAAAAAAUCCACAGCCCUCAAAUCAGUCAGUCAGCUGGUGUAAGGUGGAGGCUGUGGCCAUGAAGCCUGGCUUGGUGAACGUGAUUCAAGAUCUUUCUACUCCUCCUCCUCUCGUGGUCAUGUCCCUCAGCAUGAAAACCACUCAGAACCCAAAGACUCACCAGAAUGAGAUUGUGGCUGUUGCAGCUCUGAUUCAUCAGAAAUUUCCUUUGGAUAAGGCUCCGCCUCAGCCUCCUUUUCAGACACACUUCUGUGCUGUUUCCAAACCAAAUGAUUGCAUUUUUCCUUAUGACUUCAAAGAAGCUAUUAAAAAGAAGAAUGCUAAAAUAGAAAUUGCUGCAACAGAGAGAACACUGCUGGGAUUUUUCCUUGCGAAGAUUCACAAAAUUGACCCAGAUGUUAUUGUGGGUCAUAAUAUUUAUGGAUUUGAUCUGGAAGUGCUGCUUCAAAGAAUUAAUGUGUCCAAAGUCCCUCACUGGUCCAAGAUAGGUCGACUGAGGAGGUCCAAUAUGCCAAAGCUUGGGGGUCGAGGGGGGUUUGCUGAAAGGAAUGCUGCCUGCGGUCGAAUGAUCUGUGAUGUAGAAAUUUCUGCUAAAGAAUUAAUUCGUUGCAAAAGUUACCAUUUAUCUGAACUGGUCCGUCAGAUUUUGAAAACAGAGAGGAUAACAAUUCUACCAGAGGAAAUUCGAAAUAUGUACAGUGAGUCUCCUCACUUAAUGUUCAUGCUGGAAAACACCUGGACAGAUGCCAAGUUCAUUCUCCAGAUCAUGUGUGAGCUGAAUGUUCUGCCACUGGCUCUUCAAAUAACAAACAUCUCUGGGAAUGUCAUGUCGAGGACAAUGAUGGGUGGACGAUCUGAACGUAAUGAGUUCUUGCUGCUUCACGCAUUUUAUGAAAAAGACUACAUAGUGCCGGACAAACAAGUUUUUAAAAAGCCUCCGCAGAAGCUGGUGGAUGAAGAUGAAGAUUUUGAAGAUCAGAAUAAAUCAAAAAUAGGGAAAAAGAAAGCAGCAUAUGCUGGGGGCUUAGUCUUGGAUCCCAAAGUCGGUUUUUAUGACAAGUUUAUUUUGCUUCUCGACUUCAACAGCUUGUACCCAUCGAUUAUCCAGGAGUUCAACAUCUGCUUUACCACAGUGCAGCGACUGUCAUCAGAAGCACAGAAAAGGGCAGAGGUCACAGAAGAGGAAGAAAUUCCAGAGCUUCCAGACCCAUCUCUGGAAAUGGGAAUUUUGCCUAAAGAAAUCAGGAAACUAGUGGAGAGAAGACGGCAAGUUAAGCACUUAAUGAAACAGCCAGAUUUAAAUCCUGACCUUUAUUUACAGUAUGAUAUCAGACAGAAAGCUUUGAAACUCACCGCUAACAGUAUGUAUGGCUGCCUGGGAUUUUCCUACAGCAGAUUCUAUGCCAAACCUUUGGCUGCUUUGGUGACGCACAAAGGGAGAGAGAUUUUGAUGCAUACCAAGGAGAUGGUGCAAAAGAUGAACCUUGAAGUGAUUUAUGGAGACACAGAUUCCAUUAUGAUAAACACGAAUAGCACCAAUUUGGAUGAGGUCUUCAAGCUGGGGAACAAGAUCAAAAGUGAAGUGAACAAGCUCUAUAAAUUGUUGGAAAUCGAUAUUGAUGGAGUCUUUAAGUCCUUGCUACUGUUAAAGAAGAAGAAAUAUGCUGCUCUGACUGUGGAACCAACAGGAGAUGGGAAAUACGUAACUAAACAAGAACUGAAAGGAUUGGAUAUAGUCCGACGAGACUGGUGUGAUCUUGCAAAAGAGACUGGAAACUAUAUAAUUGGUCAGAUUCUUUCUGAUCAGCCCCGAGACAUAAUCGUGGAAAAUAUUCAAAGGCGGCUUAUAGAAAUUGGAGAAAAUGUGAUCAAUGGCCAGAUCCCAGUAAAUCAGUUUGAAAUAAACAAGGCAUUGACGAAAGAUCCACAGGAUUAUCCUGACAAAAAAAGUUUGCCACAUGUGCAUGUUGCCAUGUGGAUAAACUCUCAAGGAGGCCGAAAGGUGAAGGCAGGAGACACAGUGUCAUAUAUCAUUUGUCAGGAUGGAUCUGAUCUCAGUGCCAGCCAGCGAGCGUAUGCUCCAGAACAGUUACAAAAGCAAGACAAUCUUACUAUUGAUACUCAGUACUACCUGUCACAGCAAAUACAUCCAGUAGUUGCUAGAAUAUGUGAGCCCAUAGAGGGAAUUGAUUCUGUUCUUAUUGCAACCUGGUUAGGACUGGAUCCCUCCCAAUUCAGAGUCCAUCACCAUUACCAUAAAGAUGAGGAGAAUGAUGCCUUGGUUGGUGGCCCAGCUCAGCUCACUGAUGAGGAGAAAUAUAGGGAUUGUGAAAGAUUCAAGUUUUGCUGCCUCAAAUGCGGAACAGAAAAUAUUUAUGACAAUGUCUUCGAUGGUUCGGGGCGAUUUAUUGAACCCAGCUUGCUAAGGUGCAGUAAGACUGAAUGUGAAGAGCCUCCUUUCACCUAUGUGGUUCAAAUGAACAACAAAUUAUUGUUGGAUAUUAGACGCUACCUCAGAAAAUACUAUAAU